GUCCCGCCAGUUUAACGCGGGCGCUCGGACGUUACCGCUGUGCCUGCGCGAACGAAACGCACGCAAUUCGAAAUUCGAACGCGCGUGAAAAUUGGAACUUCCGAAUUUUAAAUUACAAAAAUGGUCAAAACCAAAGACGGGGACGGGAUAAAAAGCAACCAGAUUAUAAUGGAAGUACAGAAGAGACCUUGCCUAUUUGAUUCUAACCAUCCCAAUAAUGGUGACAGGGCUGAAAAGGCAAGGUGCUGGGAUGAGGUGUACGCGAGCGUGGUUCCUGGGUACGCAGCUCUCGGGCUCACGGAGAAGUUUGCGGCUGGCAAAGAAGUCCAAAAAAGAUGGCGCUCCAUACGAGACUCUUACACCAAGGCGUAUCGCCAGGGCAAGUGCGUACCCGCAGAACAGUGUACACCCGGCAGCCGAAGAUACCAAUAUCACGCACAGAUGUCGUUCCUGCUUCGAGCGCUGAAGAACAAAAAACCAAGAUACUCCCAAGACAAAUACGAGUCGUUCUCAGAAAUAUCCAAUUCACCACAACACCCGCCUCCAGAGGACCCGCCAUUGCCCAAAAUAAAGCACGAACUCCUCGACAGACCGCUAGACCUCAAAACGAGACCUGAUAAACCUACGCAGGACAAAAGCAACCAGGCCACCAUACAAGAGAAAAAUUCUUUAGAAAUCAAAAUAGACGCCAACUCAAUAUUACCCGACGACCAUUUUGACGAUGACAAACUGUUUAUGAACUCUCUACUUCCUCUAUUUAAAAAGAUGGACGAUGACACUAGAUUAUUAUGCCGCAUAGAAGUUUUAAAAAUAAUAAGAUACGCGCUAAAGGGUCAUAAGUGUUUUGAAGCGUUGAGAAUAGCGGAGGAUAGUUUUUUCAGAGACCGGAUGAGUGGGAUUUUGGCUAAGCAGGAGGUUGUGGAAGAAAUUAACACGCCUAAGUCUACGUUGUCUAUGACUACUCGGUCUGCUGAUGGUAGCAGGCCGGUUAGGAAACGAAGAAAUCGUUCUCCGUCGCCACUACCAAUGCCAGCGAAAAGAAGAGGUCCCGGCCGCCCUAGAAAGGUUCGUCCGCCUCCAUCUGACUCCGACGAGGAACAACUGUCAAAGAAACGCGGGCCCAAAAUGAAGGUGGUACCUCUGGAGGUCCCCAGAAUGUCAGAAAUGGACGAGUCUCUUAGUAAAGCUACUAGUGUGGCUCAGCUCUCCACUCCACUGUUCAUGAAGAUGUACAACCUAGAACGCUCAAAGACGCCAACAGCCCUCCCCAACCCACAGAACAUGCAAGUUUCUAUCAAGACGGAGCCGGUCGACGAUCAAGGGUAUUAGACUCUUAUGCGACGAGUUAAUGCUCAAAUUUCAUUGUGAUUUCACAUUAUUCUUAUUUUAUGAAGUGUACACGGAUUUUACCCGUGUAACUUAAUCCAGGUGUAGACUCUAUGAUGAGCUUAAAGUUCAAAAUUUCAAAUUUCAUUGUGAUAUCACAACACCCGUGUACCCAAGGCAUUGUUAUGUGUGUAUUAGACUAUGAGUUUAAGGUUCAAAUUUCAAAAGCCACAGGUACACGGAUUUCAUCCGUCUCACCUAGGUCUUAUUUGGAUUAUUUGACUCUAACAUUUAAAAUUAGAUUUCAUAUUACACAAAGGGUACACGGGUUUCACCCGUGUACCCUGCGCUUUUCUUUGCGAGAAUUAAGAUAACGUAGUUGGUACUUUGGUACCAAUGUUACAAUAUUUCUAGGAUGAUAUCAUAUCAUUAUAUAAAGUAAAAAACGUGUAAACAUAAGCGUGCUUGAUUCGUUUGCCUUCCCAAAAUUCUUAGUUCUUUUAAAAGGGGCUUGAGAAGCACUGAAAUUAAAUCUAGUGUGAUAAAUUUUAUGUUGAUUUCAAACUAGUUGAUUUAUUAUUAUUUCAAACAAAGAGUUGAAAAAUCGAUAUGUGUAAUCCAUUGAUGUAUAUCUCAGGACGGGCCUUACGUGCACUAAAAUGGUGCUAUUGUAGGGGCCAAACGAACGUUCCGAUGGGGUAAUAAACCGAGCUGUCAAGAAGGAUGCGGCUAAAGUCGAUAUAGUCAGACCGUAAAAAGUCUGCAGCGAUUUUGAUAGCCC